GACAGACCCAGUGAAGGCAGUGUGUGAGUGUGUGCUGCAGGACUUCACUUCUUAGGUGGACUUUAACGGGACCCACUCGGUGAAACCGGACAGAAGGAACUGGACAGGAUGGUGUGGGUCUGCCUCCGUCUGCUCGUGCUGCUGCUGCUCGUGCUGUGCGGGCUCCACCGGGCGCAGGCGCAGGCGCAGCUGCUGCCUGGGUCCUGCAGCUUUGAAGCGGGCACCUGUGGGUACACAUCCGACCCGGGGUACGGCCGAUGGAGCAUCAACGAGGAAGGACAUCUGAUCACAGUGGACCGGGCCCUGAUGCAGGACCCGGAGCAGGCGGUCCUCAUCAGUCCGGUUCUGGACCAGCAGGACUGGAGCUGUGUGAGGCUGGUGUACCAGAUCACAGGGCGGAGCUCCCUGCAGCUCCACCUCAGACCGCACCAUGAUAACUUCGACUACAUGCUGUGGACCGCUAACAGAUCGUCUGACAGCUGGUUGAUCGCCAGCGUGGACCUGGCCAACACCACCACCCCCUACCAGAUUUUGUUGGAAGGCAGACCUGAACCUGGUCCAGGCAACAGUGUGGCCAUCUUUGAAAUCCACAUAGUUCCUGGUUACUGCAUAGAGUGUAACUUCGAAGAGCAUCACCUGUGUGGAUACAGUAACAGCUGGAACCCAAAUGUCAACUGGUACGUAGGUGGGAACCUGGCCACAGAGACGAACCUACUGGAGAAUCACUCCACCAACAGCCAGAGAGGACACUACAUGUACGUGGACUCGGUUUAUGCCAAACACUUCCAGGAGGUGGCCAAGCUGACCUCCCCCAUGACCACGGUGCCUAUGGCCGGAUGCCUUUCCUUCUAUUACGACAGAGACCAGGAAAGGGGAAACAUCUUCUCUGUGUUCACCAGGGACAAGCUGGGCCAUUUUGAGGAGAUCUGGAGACCAGAUGUGUACGCCACCAUGGACUGGACUCUGGUCAGCGUAGACAUCAAGGCCCCACAUCCUGUUGAGGUGGUGUUUGAGGCAGCUUUUAACAGUGCCAGAGGUGGAUAUGUAGCCAUAGACGACAUCUCCUUUUCCCCUGAGUUCUGCCACACUGACACAGAGCCGAACUUUGACCCCUCCAUCGCCAACUGUGACUUUGAGGAUGGCCUGUGUCUGUAUUAUCAGGAGAGGGGGGAGGGGAAAGUGUGGAGCAGAGUUACAGUGAAGCCCAAUGCGUACAGGAUCGGAGACCACACCACAGGAACAGGUUGUUUCCUUCUUGCAAACACUCGUUUCACUUCGCAGGCUGGUUACAUGGGUCGGCUUCACGGCCCGUUUCUACCGGGAAACCACAAAUACUGCCUGAGGUUCUACUACCUGCUGCACGGCUUCAGGACGGUGGACAACGCUCUGGCCGUGUACAUUUACGAUGAAAACAACGUGGCCCAGGAGAAGGUGUGGAGCCUGGUGGACACGUCCAAAGGGGUGUGGCAUGAGGUGGAGAUCACCUACAUGAAGCCUAUGACAUCCAAGGUCGUAUUUGUCAGUAUAUGCAAGAACUUCUGGGAAUGUGGCCUUGUUGCCAUUGACGACAUCACUGUGAAUCUGGGCGACUGUCAGAUGACAUCAGGUUCCCUCCCUGGACAGUGUAACUUUGAGAGUGGAUUCUGCGGCUACAUCCAAGACGAAGAGGACAAGGCCGACUGGCUGCGAGUCCGAGGACACACCCCCACCUCCUAUACAGGACCCCGAGGAGACCACACUACAGGGGUGGGGUACUUCAUAUACAUCGAGGCUUCGCUCAUGAGGCCUGGUCACAAAGCUCGGCUGUUGACCUCUGACCUCCGUGGCUCCUCCUCCCCUCAGUGUCUGAUCUUCUACUACCACAUGUAUGGGACCGGUAGUGGCAUACUGAGCGUUCUGCUGCAUCACGGCAGAUUAGAACGGGACACGUUGCUAUGGAGACGGCGUGGCGAGCAGAGCGUCAGCUGGAUGAGGGCGAUGGUGGACUACCACUGUAACGACCGACACCAGAUUGUAUUUGAAGCUAUCCGAGGCCCGUCACUACGCAGUGAUAUCGCUGUUGACGACGUCUAUUUUAAAAAGGGACCAUGUGAAGAUCCUGGUGAUGCAGCUCCAUACUCAGGCUUCUCGGAGUAUUUCAAUGAGAUAGAGAAGUGAGACCGGCACCUUGUCUUCUUCCAUAAAUGUUCUUCUGAGGCCUUUUUCACAAGUGUUUAUGAGGAUUCACACAGUUGUAGAGUGAUGUUAAUGUUGCAGAAUCUUCACCACACUGCACUGCUGCUGUUCCCCAUCCACCGCCGUCAUGUUUAAUACUAGUGCUUCCCUCUCAGUGUUUCUCCAUGUGCAUGUACGCAGUGGGAAAAAGUCAGUAUUAUCGUCCUGUAGGAUCAUUUCCAAUAAGGCCCGAACAAUAAGGAUGCACUGACGUUUGGUCAAACAUACAUUAACUUUUAAACCAGGGUGAGUAAAAUACAGUAAGUCUGUAAUUAAACUAGUUCAGUUAGAGCCCAGAGUUUCAGACACAGGAAACCCAUUCUUUUUUACCCUUUUGUAUUUCCUAUUAGUGUGGCUUUUGUGUCGAACUUUGCACUGUUUUCUGCCACUUUGGUUAAUAAUUUAGGGAAAUGAAAAUGUACAUAAAAUGACAGGUAUCGAUGCAAGCUUCAACAGGGAGUUUGAAGAUGUACACAAACACUAAUCAUACUGUAGGGCAGUGGAUCAGUGGUUCCACAAUUUAUUUUUUUUCAUUUAAUAUAUGCACAUAUUAAAAAUCAGUGUUCAUUUUUUACUCUCUUAACCCAUAAAGACCCAAACUGGUGACCAAAACCAUUUACUUAUGUCAAUGUUUAUUACCUGUU